AUGAAUAAUUAUGAAGUGUUCAGUGAGCACGUGAGAGCACUAAAUGACUCAUGCAUACCACCCACCACUACUUACAGAACUGUAUCUAGUGUGAAUGGUCCGCUAGUUAUUAUGGAUAAUGUGAAGUCACCCAAAUAUUCAGAAAUAGUUCAUUUAACCCUUCCGGACGGAAGCAGGAGGACUGGGCAGGUUUUAGAAGUAUGCGGGAAGAAGGCAAUUAUUCAAGUGUUUGAGGGGACAUCAGGGAUAGACACGAAGCAUACGUGUGCAGAGUUUACGGGAGAAACAAUGAAAAUGGCAGUGUCAGAGGAUUUACUGGGAAGAACUUUUAACAGCAUAGGAGUACCAAUUGAUGGAGGGCCAAAAAUAGUGGCAGAGGAUUAUUUAGACAUUCAAGGGCAGCCGAUCAAUCCGUAUGCCAGAAUAUAUCCAGAAGAAAUGGUUCAAACUGGAAUAUCCGCCAUUGAUGUGAUGAACUCUGUGGCGCGUGGCCAGAAGAUACCUAUUUUCAGUGGAGCUGGUCUUCCUCAUAAUGAAGUAGCUGCGCAGAUAUGCAGGCAGGCAGGGCUUGUUAAUAACAAGAGCACGGUUGACAAGAGCAAAGACAACUUUUCAAUUGUAUUUGCUGCAAUGGGGGUUAACGCAGAGACUGCACAGUUCUUUAGGAAUGAGUUUGAGCAGAGUGGUGUAUUAGAUAGAACUAUUCUUUAUCUUAACUUGGCAAACGAUCCAACGAUUGAAAGAAUAAUUACGCCACGAUUUGCACUUACUGCAGCAGAGUAUCUUGCGUACACAACAGGUAAGCACGUCCUAAUGAUUAUGACAGACAUGAGUUCGUAUGCAGAUGCAUUAAGAGAAGUCAGUGCAGCGAGAGAAGAAGUUCCCGGACGAAGAGGGUACCCUGGGUACAUGUACACCGAUCUAUCAACAAUAUAUGAAAGAGCUGGUCGUAUUGCCGGUAUAGAUGGAUCUAUUACACAAAUACCCAUUCUUACUAUGCCAAAUGAUGAUAUAACCCAUCCCAUACCAGACUUAACAGGAUAUAUUACAGAGGGGCAAAUAUACAUCGAUAGAAGUCUUCACAACAGACAGAUAUAUCCUCCAAUAAAUGUCUUGCCGUCUUUAUCCAGACUUAUGAAGUCAGCAAUUGGCGAGAACAUGACGCGGGAUGACCACUCUGAUGUAUCCAGUCAGCUGUACUCUAAAUACGCGGUUGGUAAAGAAGCACUUGCUAUGAAAUCUGUUGUGGGUGAGGAGUCUUUAUCAACAGAGGAUAAGCUAGUGAUUGAGUUUGUAGAAAACUUUGAAAAGGAGUUUAUCAGCCAAAGAAAGGAUGAAAACAGAACCAUCUCCGAAUCUCUUGAUUUGGCAUGGAGGCUGCUUAGAAUAUUCCCAAAGGAAUUACUGAACAGAAUCCCAGAUAAUAUACUUAACAAGUACUACACCAUAAAGACCACUGAAGAAGACAAUAGUCACGUCUCAAAUGAAGAAAAGAAAGAAUAAGACAAUUGACCGG